AUGGCUUCCGAUUUGAAGGUUGAGCAGCCGCAGAGAUACCAUCUGCAUCACAGCCAUGCUCACGAAGAAGAUGUUCCAGGGACCGUCAAUCUCUCAGCUGCUGAUGGAGACGAUGUCUUCUACGGACAAGCUCUCUUCCCUGUCCCAGCCGAAGAUCCCAACGAUCCGCUGCAAUGGGAGAAUUGGAAAAAGACGAUGAUCCUUAUUGUCUGCUCAGCGUACUCAUUUUUGGGUAAUUCGGCUUUGGUCGGGCCUGCUGUUUACAUUGGGAUUUAUGCCGAGGAGUUCAACAUCACGCCUUCCACGGCCUCGGGCUUGAUCUCUUAUCCAAAUUUGGCUUUUGGAUUUGGUUCACUUGUGCUGGUACCGCUCUAUCUGAAGAUUGGGAGAAGACCUGUAAUGCUUAUGUCACUUGUUUGUUUCCUUGCUGGCUUGAUUGGUGCUUCUCAAUCAAAGACUUAUCCAGCUUUGAUGGGUACUCGAGUUCUGCACGCAUUCGGCUCAGGAGUCUGCGAGGCACUUCCCGUACAACUCGUCAACGACAUCUUCUUCCUCCACGAGAGAGGCAAGAGAAUUGGAUAUUACACAGUAUGUCUCUGUCUCGGCGCCACUGGUCCACUCUACGCCGGCUACAUGUUAGCAGGAGGUUACUCCUGGCGCCUCUACUUCUACGUCGAAAUUGCCUUCGCCGGUGUUCUCCUCAUCAUUGCCUUCUUUGUCGUCGAAGAAACAAUGUAUGACCGCAAGUCCAUGGUUUCAACCAUUGCGCCGACUGCCGAAAAUGGAAGCACAUCCGAUUCCAAAGAAGUCCACACCCAGCAUACCGAGAACGAGAACCACAUCACUGCAAUCCCAGACCGUAAAUCGUUUAUCAGCACACUAAAGCCGUGGAGCCACAUCGAUCACGAGGCUGAGUUCUUCAUGACUAUGAUUCGACCAUUCAGUUACUUCGUUGUUCCUGCCGUAUUCUGGGUUAUCACGACUUACGGUAUAUAUAUCGGUCUCGGAGCGUUGGCAUUUAACUACACCUUCCCCAUGAAGAUCACCGCGCCCCCUUACUCCUGGAAGCAAGAAAACAGCGGCCUCAUCGCCGUCGCCAACGCCGUCGGGUUUCUCGGAGCCGUACCCCUGACCUUCACCUCCGACCGCCUCGCCGCCUACCUGACGCGAAAGAACAACCACAUCCGCGAAGCGGAGAUGCGACUUGGCGUCCUGUUCAUCCCCAUGCUGAUCGCUCCUGCAGGGCUCCUCGUCUACGGCAUGACCGCGCAACAUAACUUGCACUGGUUCGGGUACUUCGCCGGCGUGGCAAUGGUCAACUGGUCUGCGUUCUUCUACUUCUCCUUCACGCUCGCUUACGCUGUUGAUUCAUACACGGCGAACACGAGCGAGAUGCUUAUCGCGAUGAACCUCGGGAAGCAGGCGAUCAGCUUCGGGAUGGGUCUUUACUUGCUGGAUUGGAUUUUGCUGAGGGGGUAUGCGGUUGUUAUUGGGGGGAUCUUUGUGUCUGUGUUGUUGGCGAAUAAUUUGGCGCUGUUUAUCUUUAUCUUCUUUGGGAAGAGGAUUAGGGUUGUUACUAGCAGGACGUGGUUGGGCGGGAUGCACCAGAAGACAGCAGGGCAGGUCAUGACGCAUUAG